CGCGAAGCCAAGGGCGAGGGUUUCAAAGUGCAUUGGGAGUCGAAUCCCUUUCGAACGAAAACCGACCAUCCAGGAGCGAAAUAUGCCUACGUUCCUAAGCGACGAGAAUUCACCGAUAUACUCCCCGAAUUCAGGCAUCGUCCAUCUCGGAAACCACCACGAAGCGGUCUUUCACAAGUUGGCCAACCCAAAAGAAACAUUACUCCCUAGACCGCUACCUACCACAAUUGACACGAAUGAAACAUUCGACGACAAUUCAUCAUCCCAUUCCUCCUACAGCUCCGGCCCACGGACGCGAAUGAAUGCGGAUGACUUUUCCCCGUCGAGUAUGAUGCCCUUGCCCAAUGGCAGGUCGAGUAGAGACUCGAAUGGGGUGGCCGCCCCGGGCCCAGAUUCGAAAUAUUAUUCAGACGUAAAAACUUCUUUGUCUGGAAGACACUCGCCUGAACGCCAAGCCACUGCCAAUGACAUCUCUCCGCCCACUGAUAAUCAAAGAAAGAGCACCUCUGAGUCACAGUUUAAACGGUCUUCCGUCGAAUCGUCAUCUCGUCCUUCGCUGCAAUACCCCGUCGAUGCAUCACGAAAAUCAUUAAAUAAUGGUGACAUACAAAGCGUAGACAGCAUUUAUGAUAACAUUCCAGCUUCUGCACCUCCAAACAGCUCCGUACCAAGUUACUUACUGCACAGUCCCAAUCUGCCAGGAAGUCCGAAUUCCGAACCAACCCAGCGCAAAUCCCCGCCGCCACAAAGAUUCUCCUCGCCACCAAAUUAUCCAUCUACUGGUGCAAGUGCCUCCGCAUCAACGUUAGCUCUCCAACCGCCCGCGGCAGGAUUAAAACAUAGACAUACGCUGGAGGUUCCCAGAGUUCCCCCGGGCCGAGGUUCAAAAGAUAGCAACGAUACAGCAUUUACGAGUGGUAGAUUCUCUCCUUCUGUAGGCGGAGCAUCACAACGUCGAGGGUCUUUGAAUUUGGGAAGGCGAAAUACGCGUUCCCUACAUUCCGACAUACCCCGCGACGAGAUACUUCCGGAUGACGACGCACUAAGGUGGGCUGAAGCAUACCGACAGAAGCGAGCCAAGAAGAAGAGACGGGAAGAAGAGGAGGAUGAUAGGGUUUUGGUAGGAACGAAGGUCGACGAAAAUCACGCGAAUUGGACGACGGCCUAUAAUAUGUUGACUGGAAUUCGAGUAUCUGUUUCACGUACGAACGCCAAACUCGAUCGCGAGUUGAAUGAUGCCGAUUUCGAUACUAAGCAGAAAUCGACAUUCGACAUCGCGGGCAACGAGUUGGUUCCCUCGGCAAAAUAUGACUUUAAAUUUAAGGACUAUGCGCCCUGGGUAUUUCGGCAUCUUCGUGCGCUCUUUAGGUUAGAUCCUGCCGAUUAUCUUAUGUCCCUUACAGGCAAAUAUAUCCUAUCUGAGCUCGGCUCUCCUGGAAAGAGUGGUAGCUUCUUUUAUUUUUCUAGAGAUUAUAAGUAUAUCAUCAAAACCAUACACCACGCCGAACACAAGUUUCUACGAAAGGUUUUGAAAGACUACUAUGAACACGUCACCGAAAACCCGAACACCCUUCUAUCCCAAUUCUACGGCCUCCACCGAGUCAAAAUGCCUUAUGGCAAGAAGAUACACUUCGUUGUCAUGAAUAACCUUUUCCCCCCUCAUCGAGAUAUUCACACCACAUUCGAUUUGAAAGGCUCAACGGUUGGACGAGAUUAUCGGGAAGAAGAACUCGAAAAGAAUCCGCGAGCGACGUUGAAGGACUUGAACUGGCUUCGACGUAAGAGACACCUCGAAUUGGGGCUCCAGAAAAAGCAGAUGUUUUUGCAGCAACUUGAACGUGAUGUACGACUACUGCAGAAGCUAAAGAUCAUGGAUUACUCCCUCCUGAUUGGUAUCCACGACCUACGAAAAGGAAAUGAAGAGAAUCUUCGAGACAAGACUCUACAAGUGUUCAACCCAGGAGGGGAUAGCCCGUCAGAGGAGGGGUUCGAACCCAAUUCUGUUCUUAUGAGGACGCCGUCAAAACUUGAGAAUGCACGCAAAGCAAGGGAAUUGCGGCAGAUGAUUAAGGCUGAACGGCCGGUUCCCGUAGGCCAAACUAGUACCAGGAUGCCGGACGAACUUGCCGAGGGCCACACUCGAGGCGGUAUGUUCUACAGCGAUGAUGGUGGUUUGCGGGCAACCCAUGAGGAUAAUACCCCUGGCGAAGAAGUCUACUACCUUGGAGUCAUCGACUGUUUGACACAUUACGGAGUUAUCAAGAAGAUAGAACAUUUUUGGAAAGGCCUGUCAGCUGAUCGCACUCAAAUAUCUGCCCUCCCGCCUGAGGAAUACGGCGACCGCUUUAUCAAGUUCAUGUCUGGUAUUACAAUGUCAGCAGAAGAGGCAGCAAGGGAUGCACUCGAUCGCGAGAUGGCCGCUGCUCUUUCGUCAGCCGAAAUGGAACAGACCAAACAGGACGCCCUUCAGGUUCCCGGGUCUAACAGCGCGCCACCUGCACCAUCGUAUUUGCCACCCGCUCCGCCAGGUAUGAGAAGUCCGAGCUCACCCGAGCCAAACCUUACUAUAGAGAAAGCUCUCAGGAAGGCCACGAAAAAGGAGAAAGACGUUGCUAAAGAGGAACAAGUGCCGGAACGUAAGAUAACCACAGCCGUGUCUCCGGGAUCGAGAGCCAAUUCACACGCCGUUCUCCCAGUUGUCGAGGAAACAGCGGAAGCGGGUUCGGUUGGUGGACGGAGUCGGGGUGAUAGUGCCAGCGGAUCUCGACCGUAUACGCCUUCACGAGUAGAGAGACAAGACGGAUUUACCAAUCUAGGGCCUCACGGUAUCGGGGGUAGGGGACCACCAACGCCGCCCAAAACUAGUUAUCUAGAUCCCGAGGCCAGCUACGAUGAACCUAGGAGGAGUGGUAGCAGCGGGGGUAGCGGUGGAUUCAAGUUCCUAAGGCAUAGGUUCAGUCGAGAAAGUCUUGAUAAGGCUUUACCCCCUAUUCCUAAGUAAAUCUCGGCGUUGUCGACAACUUAGCGUUGAAAUUGUGUUGGCGUUAUGGGGUUGGGGCUUAUAGGAUUGCUAGCCACCUUUGUUAAGACGCUUGUGCGUCUUCAAUGACUGGUACAAGUAAUAUCGGAAAGAAGAUGAAAAAUUAAUGAAAAUAUAAGAUCAAGUGGAAGUCGAAGAGUUAAAGGGCCCGGUGCAGGGGAAGAAUAAUCGGGCUAAUAUUCCUAUUAAGUGUCUAACACCAGCCGCGGCUACCGAAGCAAGCUGGAAACCGAGAAAGAGGAGGCGACAUGCAAACACACUUCUGGCGGUUAUCAUUGUUCCAAG